UUACACUGAACUUUGCAGCAGCCACUUGUUGAACAGAGCGCACACAGGAAACCCCUGUGAAAAUAAUCUCAUUUUAGAAAAGGGAGGCUUGUCUUCAGGUGGGAACAACUUUUGUCACCGGAUUGCUUUGAAACAUUAGAAUUUCAGAGGCCAAAAGUAGCUUUAUUUUAUUGUUUAAUUAGUAGUAGAAAUCAUGUCUGGAAAGGAUGCGCCCACUGAACAGCCACAGCCCGAGCAAGAGGCGAAGACACCCGAGGAGCCCCCUACUUCACCGGGAAACACCCCAAUUAACGAGGAAAAGACCACCAUCUCGUGUCGUGCGCUGGUUCUGACGGGCUACGGCGGAUAUGACAAGAUCAAGCUGCAGGUGAAGACUAUGCCCAAGCCUGAGCUCAAAUCUGGAGAGGUGCUGGUGCGCGUGAAGGCGUGUGGACUCAACUUCGCCGAGCUGAUGGGCCGACAGGGGCUGUACGACCCUCUGCCCUCGCCCCCGGUCACUAUGGGCAUGGAGGGAGCCGGGGUGGUGGAGGCGGUAGGGCCGGAGGUGGAAGACAAAAAAGUGGGAGACAGAGUAAUAGUCCUUGGCCGCAGCGGUAUAUGGCAGGAAGUGGUUGUGGUGCCGUCCAACCGUGCGUUCAUCAUGCCCGAUCAGAUGAGCUUUGAGGAGGGAGCUGCCCUGCCCAUUAACUACCUCACAGCUUAUUUGAUGCUGUUUGAGAUGGCUAAUAUAAAGCCGGGCAAGAGUGUCCUCAUCCACAUGGCAGCAGGGGGUGUGGGGAUCGCUGCCACCCAGCUGUGCCAGUCCGUGCAGGACGUGACCAUAUUUGGAACAGCAUCAGCCUCAAAACAUGAGACCAUCGUUCAGGGAGGAGUCACUCACCCCAUUGACUAUCGUACCAAAGACUAUGUAGAGGAGGUCCGCAAAAUCAGCCCCAAGGGAGUUGAUGUGGUUCUUGAUCCACUUGGUGGCUCAGACACUCAGAAAGGAUUUAAUUUAUUGAAGCCCAUGGGUUCAAUUGUAGUGUUCGGUGCAGCCAAUGGUGUAACAGGUCAAAAGAGGAAUCUGAUAGCCCUGGCUAAACUCUGGUACCACCAGCUCUCGCUCUCCGCACUCAAACUGAUGCAGUCCAACAAGGCGGUGUGUGGCUUCCACCUGGGCUACCUCAAAGAUGAGGAACUCAUCAGUGAAACCAUGGCCAAAAUGCUGGAGCUCUACGGCCAGGGGAAAAUCAAGCCAAAGAUCGACUCGCGCUUCCACUUUGAAGAGGUUGCUGAUGCCAUGAGACGCAUGCAUGAGAGGCAGAAUAUUGGGAAAGUCAUUCUUCUCCCUGAACCCAAAAAGGAGGAAGAGAAACCCAAAACUCCAACGGAAACUGUGGAAAAAGAAGAGACACCUGAAGCUGCUGCUAACGAGACAAAAGAGGAGGCGACGGAGGAAGCCAAGGAAGAAUAGGACUGAGUAUGAAGGGUUUAAGUACAAACUAAAGAUGAUACAUUUGUCAGUAUUGUUUAAGUAUUUAUGUAACGCUUAAAAGGGGAAUAAUUUGAUGUACGUCCAAUAUUUUUUGUGCCAAACUAAGAGCAUGGUGCUAUACAAUUCUUUAUGAUGAAACAAAAAAAGUAUUUGGGUGAUAUGAAAACCAAACCACUAUUCUAAUGAAAUUUCUUUGACAUUUUGGUGACAAUUGUUCUGUUUUGUAUUGCACUGUUUAUUGCACUGUUAUGAUGUGAAGUGGCUGUCCCAUGAAUAGUAAUUAUAGCAAUUUUGUGCCAAAAGAAUCAGUGUGCAUAUGUUUGUAAACACAAACUGAAAGAUUUCAACCAGUUCUUUUAAGUAACAGUUGGUAAAACUCACAAUCAGCAUCUCAUAAAAUCUAUUCCACAUGCUUGAAAAAUGUAUUAGGUAUUCAAUAUGUGUAAGUUCAACCAGUUGGUCAAGUUGUGUAAUUAUUUGUAAAAGCACUUUCAUUCACUACUUUAUUUUUAUUAAGGAAAAGAAAUAUUUUAUCACUAUCAACAAUUGUAGUUAAAGUAGUGUGUGACGGAGCUGCCUUUGCCUUGAAAAACUAAACCCAAUUCUGCCUUGUGCCAUUUUAUGUUGAUUUUCCUUUUGGUAACAUUUUCCACAAUAAUCCUCUUUUCGUUUAAUGUUUUUCUCCAACCUCAAACAGUAGAGUUGAUUUGGUCUGGAGAUAGUUUGUCCAGCUGUGGGUGUAAUUCAAUGCUAUGAUGUGGAAAAAACGCUACCAAAGCAUUGAAGAAUUUGCCUCUCGUCUGUUCACAUUCCACUCACCUCCCUCUCACUCCUGCUUUAUAUCCAACUCGCAUACGUCUAAACUGUAUCAAAACUCUCCUCCCAUUUGCCUCAUAACAUUUGUUUAACCCUCAGAAUGAUAUGUUGUGUUAUUUACAUUUGUGGCAUUCCUUCACUCUUGGACAAGUGUAAGUUUGGCCAGGACUUUCCAGUAUCCCUAAAAACCUGAAGUGGAUUAUUCUAGACUCGGAGUUGGAGUCUCUAUGUGCUUAUGUGAAAUUAGUAUAGUAAUGUAAUGUUUGUGUCAUUGUG